AUGUUUAAACGUGAUACAUCCUCAUCAUCGCCUAAUUUUCAUCAUCAUCAAACUGCAAAUGCUAGUACAAAUACACCAUUAUAUGAUAAUUAUUAUUCAUCAAUAACAAAUAAAUCAGCAUUAAUAGAAUUGACACCAAUAUCAUGUUUAAAUAAAACUCCAACUACAUCAUCAUCAAUUUACCUUCAGACCCCACCAUCAUCUCCAUUAUUGACCAUUGGAAAUUUUUAUAAAAUAAAUAAAUAUUCAUCAAAUAUUAAUCAACAAGAUUCAUCAUUGUUUAAUGUUGCUUCACGUUCCGAUACAAAUCAAGAUAAUAAUGAUAAAAAAUUUAUAAUUGAACAUCCUUCAAUAUCAUCAAUAGAUUUAUCUCGUUUUUGUCGUUUCAUAUUUCCGGAUUCAACAUCAACGGUUAUUUUAACACAUAAUUCUACAAAUACUAUUCAAAAAACGAUUAAUCGUCUAUUUGCUAAACGUGGACUUACAUGGUAUCGAACUGAAUUAUAUUCUAUUGAUCAACAAUCUAUUGAUAUUCAAGAACCCUUAUCAACAUUAUCUGGAAAAGAAAUUUAUGUUGAAACUCGUAUAUUAAUACGUAUUGAUUUUCCAACAAAAACUUUAUGUGUACGAUGUAAUCCAAAACGAACACUUUUACAAAUUUUACAACCAGUUGUUGAAAAAUUAAAUUAUUCUAUUGGACAUUUUGUUUUUUAUGCUAAUAAUUCGUUAAUGCCACUUAAUUUAAAUGAAAUUGUUGAAUGUUAUGAUAAUCAAAGAAUAUUUACUUUAAUAAGAACAGCAUCGGGUGUUGAGAUGUCAACUAGACAAAAGGUAAGAACAGCAAAUGAUAUAUUUGAAAUGAUAUCAGAAAAUGAUGAAGAUAUUAAAUUUGAUGAAUGUGGAAUAUUACAAGUAGUUACACAAUCAAAAUCAACAUCUGUUGAUGAUUAUCUUUUUUUUUCAACACCUGAAACAUCUUUAACUCAAUCGGAAAAAGAUCAAAUCUAUUGUGGUCCUAGACGCAUUGCAGUUCUUUAUUUUUCCCAAUUAAAUCCUUAA